AUGCUUAGGUAUCUCAAAAGAAAAUUGCCUCCUCCACAAGGAGAUGAUAUUUCUUCUUCUACCAUGCAAAAAUGCCCAGAAAUGAACUUAGAGGAUCUUCCUUCAAAUCCAGGACUACGACCUCGAAUUUUGGAUUAUCAUACUAACAAUCAAGAUCAAGUUCAUAGAGCAUAUUUGCAAAGGGGUCCUCGCCAACCUCUUAGCCACGAUUUUCCACGUGAUGCACAAUUUUUUCUUAUGGUUGAUGAAGCACGUGACAUAUCAUUGAAGGAGCAAAUGGCCAUGGUUAUAAGAUUUGUUAAUGGAAAAGCACAUUGUUACGAUGGAGCUAGUAAUAUGCGUGGUCAAUUUAAUGGAUUAAAAGUACUAAUCUUUAAUGAGAACCCUUGUGCAUAUUAUAUCCAUUGUUUUGCUCACCAAUUACAACUAGCUUUAGUAGUGUUGGCAAGGAAGCAUGAUCAUAUUUCUUCACUUUUUGAUUUCAUUGCUAGGGUGUUGAAUGUUGUUGGAUCAUCAUGUAAGUGGCGUGAUAUGCUUAGAGAAAAACAAGCUGAAAGAAUUAUCAAGGCACUUAAGAUUGGGGAGAUUUUUAGUGGUCAAGGUUUAAAUCAAGAAACCAAUCUCCAACGUUCUUGUGAUACACAUUGGGGCUCCCAUUAUAAUACCUUACUAAGUUUGAUUAUUAUGUUUGCUCCAGUGAUUGAUGUGCUUGAAUUUAUUGGAAGUGAUGCUUUAAUUACAAGUCAUCAAACAGAGGCACAAGACAUUACGGAUAGACUUUUAUCAUUUGGAUUUAUUUUUAGCUUCUUCUUGAUGAAAAAAGUAUUGGCAAUCACAAAUGAGUUAUCACACGCCCUACAAAGGAAAUAUCAAGAUAUUGUGAAUGCGAUGAAUUUGGUGAAAGUAUCAAAACUUCAACUUCAAGUUAUGAGAAAGAGUGGGUGGAGUUCUUUUCUUGAAGAUGUCUCCUUCUUUUGUAAUAAACAUGGAAUUGGUGUACUUGAUAUGGAUGCUAUAUAUGUCACUUGA